GUUUAAUGACUCAGUCUGUGCGGACGAUGCUCUGUAUCGCUGUCAAUAUCCGUCUCGGAGUUCGUUGGGUCCCAGGUUUGGUCAUAAGGCUGAGGGGCACAACAAGGCUGAUCGAGAAUGGUUCAGUUAGUGAGCUCUUGGACUCAGCCGGGCCAAGUCACCUGCCCCGAAGGAGUCAACAAUGUAUCAGAUGAUGGUGAUUGUUGGUCCCUCUGCCUUUAAGACCUCAUCUCCCCUCUAGUCUGCAGGCAUCUUUUCUUCGCACUUCACAAUGUCUCCAACCUUCAGUGUAUCCGGAAGGGAAGUGCAUCAUGGCGGUUCCCAACGAUGAGCGGCGUUCACAGGUCGAGACAACAGUCGAUAUUGUCGCCGUUCCAGCAAUAGGCGCAGAUCCAGAAAAGACGUGGAUCGAUGAGGGCGCAACCACGCCUUGGCUUAACUCCGAAUUGACGAAACACAUCCAAAAUGCCCGUGCGAUUCUAAUCGACCAUGGGCGACUGGGGCCCCAGGAUGACUUGGAGUCCCUCGCGGACAGAUUGCUAAAGCAAGUUCUCCAGAAACGCCAGGCGACGAGCCCGCGGCGACCAAUCUUUUUUAUCUGCCAUAGCACUGGUGGCCUGGUCGCUAAAUCAGCGCUUGUCGCAGCUAGCCAGAAAACAUCCAAUGUUGAAUCAAUAUGGUCAAGUUGUUAUGGGAUUGCCUUUUUGGCAACUCCACAUUUUGGCUCGAGCUACCUCUCAGCACCCGAGUUUACCAACAGCGUCCACCACUUAAUGCGACUGAAGCACCAUAUUCCGCCAGGAAUGCAAGAGAUUUUCAGGCCAAGACAUCCUCAUUUGGUACGCCUUUGGAGCCAAUUCAAGUCUAUCUCAGCAGACAUGAAGCUGUGGUCUUUUCUGGAGACGCUUGACUCAGAAAUUAGCAUUGUUGACCACGAAACCGGGACUGCUGUCGAAAUGCACGUUCCCAUUACCUCGAUUCGGUCCGGAAUAUUGGAUUUUGAGCACGAGAAGGUCAUUCCUUUGACGGCCGAUCAUAUUGGAACUGCUUGUUUCAGGGGUCAAGAGCUAACGACAAGAUUGAGUUUCAUCAAUGAGCUCCAGUCAGCUAUUUGUAUGGCUGUGAUGCUGUCUAAGAUGAACGAUGCCCCCAUGGAUGUGGACCAGGAAGUCAUGAUUCAGGUCAGUGGAUUCUUUGAGGACACGGCCCGCGGCGUCAGCGACGAAACACCGCUCAAGCUUUGGUCCACAAAAGCAUCGCUGAAGGACUAUCUCGCAUCUGGGCCAUCAACAUGCCUCAAGGAUCGACUUCAAAAAACGAAUGGUAUUCCUCCUGGCCUUCUCGAUGAUUCCUCGAUUAGCAGCUUCGAUAGCAGGCCCACAUCUGCGCACAUUCGGUCGUCAAUAGAUGGCGCGGUGAAUCCCACCGCAGCUCGAAUGACUGAAAGGACUAGGUCUGAACCUAUUAUGUCAAGGCCGCCGCUGAGAGAAAGCCGGAGUUUUAUAGCAUCACUUUCUCCUCGAAUACAUGUCACCGAGCCACUUGGCGAGGGUUACUUCGGUGUGCAGCAAGAGCCGGUCUCGGAUUCGCAAAGCCCUACAGAUCAGGAUCAACAUGACGUUGAGACAGAUAAUGCCAACAUCGAUGAUGACAUAACUACAUUCAAGCAUUUCUCAACAAGCUCGUCAAACAGAUUUAGAAACUUCCUUCCAGUGCCCAAGCUAGCAAGAGACAAACCAGACGAAGAACGAGCUGAAAAGCCGCGAAGAAUACCUCGAUUUGAUCGACCAGAACCAGGUAGUGAGAAACUUCUCUGGAUCCAUGUGCCCUAUACGCACACCGGAUGGGUCCCUCCAAUUCUAGCCCGGGCCUGUCGCGAGCAAGAUAAGAAGACUUUCUUCGAGAAGCUCAUGGAUGAAGAGCAUUGGUACUCGAACCUCAUCAGAGCCCGUCAUUUAGAGCCUCAUGCACGUUACGUGCGUCCGGCCUGCAUCCAUUUCAAGCAAGAAUCGCAUACACCUUUGGGUGAUCAGGAGGAAGAGCAUGACCCUAGACUGGCACUAUAUCUUCAUUGGGACACUUACUCGAAUCUGGUCCAUCGACGCAAAAUGGUUGAAGAACGACUCAAGCAGGGCAGGUUUAGGCCCGUGCCUCACAAUAUCUCGACGGCGAGUUUAGAAUCGAAGCUGAUCUGGAAACUCUUGGGCAAUGAGCCUCCGAUUCAUAUACGCAGGACCUUGGACCAAUUCGGAUACCCCAACCUUAGAUCGACGGUAGCGCGAGACGAUGAUCAGAUGCUGUGGAAACGGACGAAGAAAAAGGUCAACUUGGGCGAGUUCAACAGCGCCUUACUCGUCGAGGACGACUCGGACAAUCACGGCCCGUUCAUGGAUGGAAAAGUGCUCAUGGUCGAUCAACUUUGGCUUUGGAUUGUCGACGAGAAGACUGUGGUAACAUUCUUUCCUCAUCAAGAAGCCACCACAGCCGAAGGGAAGCUCUAUGAGCAAUCGAACCUCUACAAUAGCAUCUACAAUGAGUUGAAUGGCGAUUUGGCGAGGCGAUUCGAGACAGCGGGUGAUCUUGCUGCCUUGAUUGUGUUACAUGCAGCUACUGUCCUGCUCGACCGAACAUUGCAUCGCGAUCUGCAAAUCCUCCGCAUCUUCGAAGAGUCCAUCAGCAUCCUGACUGAGUCCAUGACGAAAUCGUUCAAACGCUUUCGCAACAGAGGUUUCAUCACGCGCCCUGCAGAUUUCAACAAGAACGCCGAUGGAAAGCCCAUGUCGGCCGCAGAGCGAGAGGAACGAGACCAUGAACUAGCCAGUCGCAACCGCGAAGACCUCUCCACGUUACUGGAGCUGCGAGACAUCAUCGACGAGCUAGGCACCAUCCUCAAGCUUCUGGACGUGCAAACCACAACCAUCAAGACGAUGGCCGGCUACUUCGAGCACAAGGGUUACGGGAAGGUAUUCAUGGAAACUUCGUUAUCUAGACUCGACGACUACCGCAACCAGGUCCUAGAGAUGAGGGAGAACGCUUCUCUCGCCCAGAAAGCGGUCGAGAACCUCCUAGACCUCAAACAGAAGCAGGCCAAUGUAGAUGAAUCCCGUCUCGCUCGAUGGGAAGCAGAAGUCACGCAAGAUCAAUCCCGAUCCGUGAUGGUAUUCACCAUCUUCACCAUCAUAUUCCUUCCCCUCUCCUUUUUCACCUCCCUCUUCGGCAUCAACGCCCGCGAAUGGAGCGGAGAACCAACCAACCUCACCCUGGGCCAAAUGCUCUACAUCUCAGGCCCAACCUCCUUCGCAAUAAUCCUCAUCGCCCUCCUCGUCGCCUUCAACGAACGCCUCCGCGAAACCCUCUGGCGCGCCCAGAAACUCGUCCUCAACCUCCUGGCCGACUCCCUCUUCGCCCCCGUCACCCUCGCCCGACUGCAGUGGCGCUGGAUCACGCAGCCGGCGAACAUGUCGGCCUCCCUGUCAACGCUGGGCAGCAGCGCCGAAGAGAGCGCGUCGCUCGGCGCCGGCGGCAGCCGGUUGCAGCGGUAUCGGCGGAAUCAUAACUGGCAGAAACGGCAGUAUACAGGGGAGGAUGAUUUCUGGCUACGGCAUGAGGAUAAGAUGGUUGCGGCGCUGUCGGUGGCGGUGCCGGGGAAUGGGAUGGUGGGGGAAUGAAUUGCUGGACGGGAUCUGCUGGUAUUCUUAGGGGUUUAUGGAUAUACGUAGCGCUACUUGUCGCUACGCCGCGCCACCAGUCGUAGUAGUUAAAAGGUCGGCGGCUGCUG